UGAUAGAGUUCCAUUGGCAAUGCAUGCAUAUUCAUGUUCAUUGAUUAUUGAACAUCAUUACCCAAAUGGAGCAGAGAAGUAAAAAUCAAAGUGCAAAGAUUGAAUCAGAUCCAAGAUCUUCCUCAGACCUGUCAUGGCAAGUCAUGUUCAGAUCAGCUUCUUUUAGAAGGUCUGGUUCAGUUUCAACUCCUCAAAACCACCAACUCGUGGCUCGUUCUGUUUCCUUCAGAAAUCCAAUCUCAUCUCCAUUAAUUCAGUACUCUAGUUCUGAAUCUGAAUCGGAAUCAGAAUUAGAUGAGCUCACCAUCCUCUCCAAUGAUCCUCAGGGAAGUUCAUCAAAUUCGAAUGAGGUGGAGUCUAACAAUGACCUCUCAUGGCAAUCCAUGUUCCGUUCAUCUUCCUUCCGAAAACCUACUUCAUCAUCACCACCACCACCACCACCACCACCACCAUCAUCAUCAUCUUUCCCUGAUCGAAACCACCACGUUCCGCCGCCGCAGCGUUCGGCCGGUGAAACCCCAGAGGACGAACCGAACAACGUCGAUUCUCAUGUUCAGAGUCAAGGCUUUCACUCAAUAGAGCGUGAACCUGAAUCUACUUGCGGUCCUUCCAGUGCUUCAAUACUCCCAUGGCAAGUCAUGUUUCGAUCAGCUUCCUUCCGGAAUCGUGAUGCAUCCUCUCAAAACAACGUGUCUUUGGCAGAGAACCAUAGUCUGUCACCUCUGGAGUCAGAGCCCACUCCAGUCGAGCCCAACCAGAACACCACCCUCUCAGGCGAUCCUCUAGUACGUCUUGCUCUCUACAUAGCCAUGGCUCAUGGAGGUCUUGCCUUGACAUUAUUCUUACUCUACAAUAUUUGUUAUUUACUUGAAGAAUAUCUCCAGCCGGUCCAGUGGGCAGUUCUAUGUUCGAUUCCUUUGAGAGGAAUUCAACAUGCUCUUGUUCGGUUUUGGUCAGAGCCACUAAAAUUAGGGCUUACUGAAACCAUUUUAGCAGUACCAGUCACUCUUUCAAAAGCCAUCCUUAGUACCCUCGUCAAUAUCCGUGAUCUCUGGUUUUCAAUUGUUUUUCAUCAAACAACAUCAAAGGUUUCAGGUCAGAGUAAUUGUGGGUUUCCAAAGUUGAUUCAGAUGCUUUUAUCUUUUGGGUUCUUUGUAAUUGCAUAUGAACAAACUGGCAGUUUUGGGUCUAUAGCACUUCUCGGUUUAAGUUUCUUGUGUACCAGUUUUCUUGAAUCAACUGUCUCUGUUCUUUCUUCAUAUAGGACUAGGAAUAUCGGUUGUAGUACAAGUAGCACAAUUUUGAGGGAAGUAAUUCUCAAAAGAUUAAAAACCAUUGUGGCCCUUGGGUUGAUAUCUGGUAUGAUUGUCGGGUUCUUGGCCGGUGUAAUCUUUUUCUCUUGCAAGAUAGCAGUUGAGGGAAAGGAUGCGGUGAUUAUGUUGAAAACCUAUGUGCAGGAGAGUAAAUACGCCGAGAUGAUUGGUAUUAAGAAGUGGAUGGAUGAUAAUGAUGUCACAGAAAUAGCGGAUUGGUACACUACUCAUCUUUACGGAACAGUUUCGCAACAUGUAGAUAGUUGGGCGACACAUUACAAUCUAACCGAGUUUUUCAAUGGAAUCAAGAACUUUGCGAUUUCUCCUUCAGCUAAUUCUUCUGAACCUCAGGCAGCUUUGAUCCCAUCUCCAUAUAUAGAGAAAUUUCAGAGUUUCAGAAACCACAUUAGGAAUCGUGAGUUGGGAAGCGUUUUCAAAGAACUCGAAGUGACUUUGUGGGAAUUUCUAGUUAGCAGGAAGGAUUUAGUUGACAAGGCAAAAGGGUUUGCUUCUCAAGGGAUGGACGUAUCGCAACACGCACUUGCUAGCAGCGUAUUUUUUCUUGCAGGCAGUGCAAAGCUCGUGUUCUCUAUUGCCUAUUCUGUCAUUUCUGGAGCGGUCGGUCUUCUCAAUUUUGGGUUACAAUCGCUGAUUUUCGUAUGGGUUUUAUAUUAUCUCAUCACAUCCGAGUCUGGUGGGUUAACCGAACAAGUGAUCGGCAUGCUUCCGAUUUCGAAAUCCUCACGGAUUCGGUACAUUGAAAUUCUCAACGGUGCUAUUUCAGGCGUGCUUUUGGCUACAGCUGAGGUUGCUUUCUUUCAGGGAUGUCUCACUUGGAUUUUGUUUAAGCUAUACUCUAUACAUUUCUUGUACAUGUCGACUUUGCUUGCAUUUAUCAGCCCUGUGUUUCCAAUUUUCCCAUCAUGGCUUCCAACGAUUCCAGCUAUCAUCCAAUUGGUGUUGGAAAGACGAUACUUAUUGGCCAUCAGCUUACCCAUAAUCUAUCUUGUGCUUGUGGACUAUGGUGCAUCAGAAAUUCAACAGGAUAUACCGGGUUAUAACACAUAUCUUGCAGGCCUUAGCAUCAUCGGUGGAAUGGCGAUGUUCCCGUCUGCGAUUGAGGGAGCAAUAAUGGGACCGCUGAUAACUACCGUUGUGAUUGCUCUCAAGGAUUUGUAUGCUGAAUUUGUUUUGGAUGAACCAAAGGAGAGUGAGACGUAGGGCGCCGCUGGGCAUGCUUUUAGUGCUUGUUUCCUGAGAAAAUGUUCAUUGCUGCCCCAAAAACGCAUGUGCACUGUUGGUUGAGCUCAUUAGAACCCAAAAAAGAAAAAUCAGAAUUGCUGCUUUAGAGUGGAUGUGUUUUUACCAAUCUGUUGGCAGUGCAUUUAUCAAGUUUUGUUGGCUUCAUUUUCUCUUUAGGUCAGUCUUUUUGUUUUUGUUUUUGUUUUUUUUUCUAUUUAUGGUGUGAGCAUGGUGUAAAAAGUAAGAGAUCAAUCAUGUACUCCCUUGGUUGUUGGUUGUAUGCUCUCAAAAGAAUUUUGUACAUUUUCGAUAUAUUUAAUAUAUUUGUUGAUGUAGAAGCGUA